AUGCUUUACAUCACUGAGACUGGGCCAGACGAAUACAAGUCAACAAACUUCUCGGAUGCGCUCACAAUCACCAGCAUGGGCGCUGGCUACCCGUGUGUCGCCGGAGCCUGCAUGGAGUCCCUAGCCAAAUUCCACGAGUUCGCCAAGAAGACCAACUACCGCGAGCCCCACGAUGUCUUCAACGGAUCCCUACCAUACGGAUACAACACCAAACUCGACUGCUUCAGCUAG